AUGUAUAACUCUACAAAGACAACUCCGGCUAGCGGCCACCAUUACCACCACCAGCAUCAGUCGGACCGGAGCGAUCGUUGUAGAGAAAUCAUGUCGAUAGACAACCUCCUGACACCUCAAAGGAGCCAGCUCUCGGUGCAGACAAACAGACUCCAGCCUGCGUCCUCCCAACUGCCAAGCCCUUCGGCACCCGACAGCGCAUUCGAGAGAACGCCUCGAGAAAAGCGCGAACCAUACUCGGACCAGGCGCAGUUCUACAUCAUAUACGUCAGAGUUGGCAAAGAAAAGGACUGGAACCAGAUCGAGCGCUCGUUCGAAGAAGUAUUUGGCCAACAUCGCGCGAAAGAUGGGUUGACCGCCGUCUACUACCGCAUCAGAAGCAAAUGGGGUCUCCCACCAGUCAACAAGUCUUCGCAAGAGAUAUCCGAGGAAGGGAAGGACAUGAUUCGACAACGAGCGCAUGGGUUCGAUCAUGGAUUCCUGAAAAGAGUUGGGUAUUUCGAGUGGUGUCAGUCGUAUCAAUCAUCUGCUGCGCCGAGAUGA